AUGACUUUAGCUCAAAGAUCAACAGAGCAGUCUGCAUGCAUAUCCUGCCACAAAACAUUCAUAACACAGCCAUGACAGAAAUACAGGCCAUUUGCAGCACAGCUGUCCGAUGUUUACCUCACCAUCCUGGCCCUCUUCUGCUUCAAACUUUUCGUUAGAAUUACCAUUAAUUUACUCACACAUUUCUACAUCAUCAAGGGCAACCGAAAAGAGGCUGCCCGGAUUUCAACUGAGUUUUAUGGUAAUGGUCAAGGGUAUAGGUCUUGGGCUGAUCGCUCUUCUAUUCAUGAUGCUGCCAGCCAAGGAAGCCUGCUGGCCCUCAAGACUCUCAUUGCUCAGGGCCACAGCCUCAAUGUGCUGAAAACAGACCACAUUAGCCCUCUUCAUGAGGCGUGCAGAUGUAAGGAGUUCCUAUGUGCCCACAAGCUGCUUCAUGGAGGUGCAAAUGUGCAAAAAGGCACACAUAUGGAGAUUACUCCUCAUGCAGCAGUUCAAAAAGAUUGUGUAAGCAUAGUGAAGCUCCUGCUGGAAUUUGGGGCAGAUAUAAAUGCACACAACCUGGAGUAUAAACGGCCCGUUGAGAUUGCUCCUCCAGGGAGCCUCACAGAAGGCUUUCUGUUGAUUUAUGAAGCUACACCCCGUUCUCAGCGUCAGCUGUGCCAUCAGCAAAUCAGGGAGAGUUUGGGAUGUUCCCGACUCCAUCUGCUAAGACAUUUGCCCCUUCCUAAAGCUUUAAAGGAUUUUCUACUAUAUAGAUAAUGGAAUGACUCUCACUGGCAGGACAUUUUCAUUUUAGUGGUUUGAUUUUUUUAAAUAAUAAAAGCUGCCAUUCCUUUUGUCCUUUAAUUCUGAUUGCCUUUUCUCUGUGGCCUGAUUUCGCAUGAAUAUGCUUCUAAUGAUACCCAUGUGGGGACUGAGAUGGCAUGUUACAUUGUAUAUAAUCUGUAACUAGACCCACAUGGAAUGCCAUGCUCACAGAAUUCCACAGAAAAUUCCAAAUGUUUCUGCAGGAUUUGAAUGCCCAUCAUUCACAAAGUUCUACCCCCCCACCAGUCCUUGUGUGUUCAGUAUUAAAUAUAUAUUUAGCUAAUGUAAUUAUGCUUUUAGCAACGAAUAAGACUGUAGUACUCUCAGCUCUCAUUUUUUCACCAUGUUUAAAUCAGUUCCACAGAUUUUCCCCUAAAAUCAGUGCAGAAAAUGUGGAAAAAUGUCUGCAUAUUCCAUUUGGGCCUGUCUGUUACUAAAUGUUGAAUUAUUGAAUAAACUGGUGACUGGUACCUUUACUGGUACUGAUGACUUUAGCUUCAUCUCACAAUGGUCCCACAAUGCCAUUUAUAUUACAAAUGGCUAAUUUACAUGAACUUAAUUACAGUAAGAGGUCAUCCUGUUUGACAGAGCAUCCUUCAAUUUGUGAAAACAGAUAAUAGGUCAGAAACAAAUCUUUAUAGUGCAAUAUAGGCCUAGUUUUGCUUAUAGUUUCUUGUCUGAUACAACAGAUGUAUGGUCUUUAAAAGCAAACGAUGUCGGUUACCAGUGAUAUUGUAGUAAUAGACCUUAUUAACAGCAGCGCCAUCUUUUUGAUGGGAAUGACAACGAGUCUGUGAGGGAUAGACGGGUAGUCUCUUUAAUGGGUUGUACAGUUGUUUUAUGUUUUUUUGGAUUGUUCUACAAUGACAAACAUUGAAAAAAUAUCUUUCCAAGAAAUUUCAGUAGACAAAAACCUCCAGACAACAUGAGUUGUGAAAAAAUAGAUGUGAUCUAGGAGCUUUAUGUUAGCUUUAUACAAUGCAUAUAAUUGAAUAGAUGGUAAGUCUAUCGCACACAUGCAGCCUCAUUUUCAUUCCCAUCAUAGAUGGCGCUGCUGUGAAUAAAAUUUGGAAACGUGUUUGUCAUAGCAUUUUCUAGGCCACUUAUGUGACUGGAGACUUCGUCUCAUGUAAGUGUAUGACCUACAUUAUUUUAAACAUAAUGUUUCAUUUAUUUAGGUGUUUUAAGUGGAGAAAAAGUGUCAUUCUCAGUGCACCUUUAACCCUUAAGCCGUGCUCUCACUACAUGAUUUUUCGUCUGAUUUUGCUGCAGCAGAAAGAUUUCCAAGAUCUGCGACAAAAAACGCCAGAUCGGCGACAAAUCGCUACAGUCGAUAAUGGUCGUUAAGUAUGAGAAGUGCAGUCUUGAGCAGUCAAAGACGCUAGGAUACUUUCAUGCCAUGCUUGAUAUUAUCGCCACAUGAUCUUGGAGUGUUAGCAAUGCAACGACAUGGGUGACCUGCUCCAGCCAAUCACAUCUUAUCAUGCACCUUUAUAUACAAGAAUGGAAAGCCACAAUUUGAUCAUAAUUAUGUUUUAUUGUAAUAAACUA